UAGGGGAAAAAGUCAGUUCCCGGUAAGUGGGAUGAACUAUACGUGGACGACAAAGAUAAGGUCAUAACAUAACAGGUGUCCCUAUACCUGGCAAGUUCCUAAAUCAUCUAGAUGCUUCAUGUCCCAAUGCGAAAGAACGUGAACCUACUAGAAGUAUCUUUUUACUGGAGAAACACCUAACAUUAUCCCCAAUUUAAAUUGGAACUUGCUCAACCCUUUUUGCCGAUCCAUAAUUUCUUCUAGGAGCUGCAAAUUAUAAUAUUAAAGUUCGAAGCGAAGUAUUAGCACUGGUUUUCUUGUGAAAAAAUGAGCACAGUUGUGGAUGUAGUGAACCAUCUUCUCAACUUUCCAGAAGCCAUUGAGAGGCUAGGAAUCCCAUCGCGGUCAAAUGAGAGCAGUGAGAACAAGGGUAACAUUCCAGUGGACAUUCUUGAUGCCCCUAAAGAGUACAUUUUCCACAUGGAUGUUCCUGGUCUAUCCAAAUCUGACAUUCAGGUGACGGUGGAAGAAGAGAACACGCUGGUGGUACAAAGCAACGGGAAGAGGAAGCGGGAGGAGAGUGAAGAAGAGGGGUGCAAGUACUUGAGAAUGGAGAGGAGGGCACCUCAGAAACUCAUGAGGAAGUUCAGGCUGCCAGAUAACUGCAAUGUUUCUGCAAUUACUGCUAAAUGUGAGAAUGGAGUGUUAACUGUAGCAGUUGAGAAGAUGCCUCCACCUCCCAAGUCCAAGUCUGUUGAAGUUGCAAUUUCAUAAAUUAAUUUAUCAUGAAUCAACUAGUGUAUUGUCUGUUGUUCAGCUUCAUCAGAUGCACCUCUGUAGUAGUAUCAGACCUUUAGUUUGCAUUUUCCUUAACUAGUCUUGGUUCAACUCUGUCAAAAUUUUGUAUGUAAAUUUAAGUAAAAUCCUGAACUCUUGCAAUCUUGCCGAGCUAUUUUAGAAAAAGUGAAUUGCUUGCCACGA